AUGGACGGCACCGCCGAUUCCGGACAUGGUAGGGGAGUCGCCAUUGGCAUCCUUGUCGUCGUCAUAUUCGUGGCUGUUGUAGCGUACAUAAUCAGCCGCAUGCGCGCGAACUUGGACGACCAGCCAUCUCCGAACCCUGCUCGCGACUCUUCGCCGGAGCAACGUCCGGAAACGAUCCUAGAGGUCGAAGGAGAUCAAGAAGACACUGUCAGCAAAAGGAAUGGCCCUGACAAGCUCGUGCGUCCCAAAUUGGCCGAGGACCGUAAGGGCGACUCAGGCUCGGGCUCGGACUCGACUCGUUCUUCUUGCUCCAUUUGCUUGCGCAACUACAAGGACAGCGACGUCCUGAGGUUGUUGCCUGAAUGCCACCAUGUCUUCCAUAGGAAGUGCGUGGACCAGUGGCUGCAGAUGCAUCCGACGUGUCCAGUUUGUCGGAGCUCGCCGAUCCCAACCCCUCUUGCUAAGGCUGCUCUGCCGUCCACAGCACCGAGGGAUCGGUUGGACUGGUGA